UGAAAAGAAGCACCACUGAAGAGCGGAUGAGAGAAGAGUACAAGAGCAGUUCUGCAUGAGUCUGCAGUAACUGUGGUCACAGAGUUAUUGCAUCGUUUGCCCUCUCAUACUUUUUUUUAGUGUAAAGUUGUGUUGUGUUUGGCAUCUCCUGGUAAAUCUGCACGAGUGAAGAGCGCUGAAGGAUUGCAAUAAACUGAACUGUUGCAUCUGUGUCCCUUGAAGGCAGAAGACAGAUUAUUUUUGUUCAACUAUGGCGAGCCAGGAUUUACUUGGGAAAAAGCGAGAGUGUCUCCAGGCCUACAGCUGGUGGAGAACACCGCAGAAGAAACGGAAGAAAAAGAACAAAAUAAAACCAGGAAGAAUAGAGUUCGUUAGUGCUACUACUACCACCAGUAGUACAGUCAGACCGGAUUAUUCAAUAUUUGUUGGGGAGCUUACUCCAGAAGUGGAUGAUUUCCAGCUCUAUGACUAUUUCCUAAAGAGGUAUCCCUCAUGUCUUGACUGCAAAAUAGCAACAGACCUGCUGGGAUAUUCCAGAGGGUAUGCCUAUGUCAGAUUUGGUGAGCAAGGUGAUCAGAUGAGGGCACUGCAAGACUGCCAGAAUGCACCAGGUCUGGGGGGAAAACGAAUCCGGCUGAGCAUAGGAAUUUCUAAAAGACUGAAAGCAGAAUUCCAGCGGUACCAGUCAUACAACUAUAAUGAUUAUUACCAGGAUUAUCAGAACUACUACUCACAGUGGAAUUAUGAUGCAUAUGCUGAGUAUAACUACAACUCCUAUGCUGCCUAUGAUAGCAUGCAAGCUAUUGGAGACUGCUCUUUAGGAGAUGCUGUUAUGGCUCCAGCUGUUUUUGAGGAAUCUUCGGCUAUGGCUGAAAUCAGUGAUGACCUACUUACUGAAGAUCCACAGUUGUAUUUGGAUGUUGAUGAAAUGAACAGACAAUUUAUGGAGACAAGUGAAGAACUCUAUGAUUCGCUUAUGAAUUGUCACUGGCAACCUCUGGAUACGGUCACUUCUGAAAUCCCCUCUGCUAUUUAAGUGUCUUAUAUAGCAUGGCCGUUAUGACCAAGGGAUGCUCUGGACCAACCGCUUCUUUCUAGCGCUACCUCAAAGUAACGUGCAGAUAUAACUCACAGGGAAGAUUGAUCAAAUGGUGAUGAUCAUUAUCAUUCUGCUGGAUGCAUAUAUCUUUGCCUUUUUGGCUCACUUUUAGCAACAAUUAACUUAAGUGACACAUGUUAAUGGACACUGACUACAUUUGCAAAUAUUUCUGAGUCAUGAGUGUCAUUAAAGGCCUGUCACUGUUUAGAAAUUGUUCUAAAUAAGAAAAAUGGAAGCAAAAUAAAUAAAGCAGCAUUUGAAUUUAUGGAGAAAA